CAGGUAGUGGAAGGCGAGUCCCGUUAACAGCGGGUAAUUUUAUGCCUUCGUUUGUUAUUAAUUAUAUACUUUACCAGAUAAAUUAGUACGUACGGACGUUAGUUAUUUUAUUUGCUUCGAUUUAUACAUUGUAAAUCUCUACCAGUGACGUUAGACGAAUUGCGAGUACGAUCGUGAUUUUGAUCGAGCCAUCAUACGCGAAUAGUUACGGUAAUUACUUAUUAUGAUGUGACACUUAAUAGUCUGACCUUUAUUGAAGGUGAAUUUCGUAAAUUCUUAAUUAUUGGAACACCUGUAACCUUGGUUUAUCUAUUUAACAACAUUGCUAAUGAUAACACAUAUUAUUAUGCGUGCCUUUAGUAGUUAUUAACUUUUUAAUAGUGUACUGAAUGCAUACUUUACAUAGCUUGCCUUUUAUCUAGGCGGAAAAUGUUGUAUUUAAAUAAGCUUUUAUUAUCUGAAUUUUGUUUAGAAUUAGUGUCAAAAAAGACUAUAUUAGUUUACUCCAAUGCUGGGUAAGAAUCACGAAAUUUUUGCAAUUGUGCUUAUAGAGUGCAAACUCGUGUGUAAAUGGUACUUAUUGACAUUUUGUCUUUGGAAUAAUACUGGCCGUAUACUCUAUUGCCAUUGGUAACCAUUGUGUCAACAAAAAAGGUAGGUAACAAUACGAAUGGCGGCACGUUGCAAUUUCAAAGUUCUGUGAAGAAUUUAUGAUAAAAUUCGUGAUAUUAUUGCCAAAAUAUUGUGCUAAAGUUUUUAUAAUGGGUAAUUGUUGGGGAAUAUUUCGGCGGCGUCGUUUACGCCGUCAUAUAGUGUUAAUUUUGAUCGGAUUAGACAACGCGGGCAAGACUAAAACAGUGAACAAUUUAGCAGGAGAAAAUGAUGAUAAAGUUUUGCCUACAGUUGGUUUUAAGGCAGUGAAUCUUAUUCAUAAGGAUACGCCUGUAACAAUAUAUGAUUUGGGCGGCGGGCCGCAGUUUAGACAGAUUUGGUCUCAAUACUACAGUGAGGUACAUGGUAUAAUAUUUGUAAUCGACUCGAGCGAUUAUAACAGAUUGGAAGAAUGUAAAGUCGUAUUAGAAGAGGUUCUAUCGCAUGAUAAAAUAUCGGGUAAACCAGUGUUAGUUCUGGCUAACAAACAGGACAAAACAGGAGCUCUCGAUGAUAUAGAUGUUGUAGAGAAACUAAAUAUAGAACCUCUAGUUAACAAAUACAGAUGCCCCACACUAGUUGAAUCUUACACAGCCGAAGCAUCAUUUACCAAUUCAAAAAAGCCCAAAAUCGAUCCAGGCCUUCGGAAAGGCUACCAGUGGCUCCUUAAUUACAUAGUCAGUCGGUAUGGCGACAUCAACCUGCGUGUGCAAACAGAUAUACAUGCCGAAUUGGAACGUAGACGGCGUAUGUUUACAAAGUCAUCUAGAGGCUCUCAAACUUUCACCGCUCACAGCGAUGACAUAGCCACUCAAACUGGAUUUGAGAAUCCCAAUUUUUCACUGCCAAAGGAUAAUGGAUUGAUCGUUGUUAAGCCUGUGAAAGGAUCGAGUGACUCGACAAUUACUGUGGAAAGUAUGGAUGACUCUGAUAGCGUGAUUAAACCAAAACUGUCGCCAUUAUUCGGUCGAGCGAAUACAUCUACAACGGAAACUGUGAAAAUCGAAUUGGAGCCGAGAAAUGAGUUUAGGAAAUUGUCGCCGAUCAUCAAGAAGAGUGCCGGAGUUGGUGUUAACCAUAUUGAUUUUAAGAAUCGACCCCAGUCGAGUCCGACUAAUAGGAAAUUUUUGUGUUCUACCUUCCAGCUAUCAAUGGACUCAUCCAUACAAGAGGAUAAGGCGAAUGUAAUGUUUUCUGAUAGGAAUCAAACUUACGACGCGUUUAAGCACCGUGUGUUGAUAAACGACGCUGAACUCUCGCAGAUGCAUCGGGAAAUCGUGUUGACUGAAAGAGAUCACACAAAGACGGCAUCAUCAGACAUAAUCCCGGGGACCUCCAGCCUUCCUUUAAGCGCCCGACCGGCUUCCGCUUCUCAAUUGGUGAGGAGACAACUCGAGAUCUGCUCGCAGCAUCGCCGUCGGCUCAGCUUGAGAUAUAUGCAGCGUAAUAAGACCAGUCCUGUGCGCACUUCGAUGCUUCUCUAUGAACCGGGAAAACAAAAACAACUCGACAAAGGGGAUUUUGAACACGCCGCUACCCUUACUUAAUAGAUACCCUCUUUCGACUGUUCAAUUGUCAAUUCAAGAAUAUUGUAGUUAUUGUUUAAGAUGUUGAUUUAUAAUUUAAGAGAGAAAUUUAUGUUCCUUUAUAUGCUAAGAAAGUUAAUAUAGAUAUGGUCUCCUUUACUUUUAAAUUAGAAAAUGUUUAGGCUAAUAAUUUGAAUUAUAUUUAAUAUUUAAUUUAUCGAGUAGACGAAAACUAUCGUGUAUAUAGUUUACUUUGCUAAACGGUUACAGUUAUAAGUAAGUCUGUGGUCGGUAAAAGAGACUAUUAUAAAACUUUAUAUCAUUAGAUUUUUGUACAUGGAAAAAACAUCGUAACCAUGGUAACCAACUAUAAGCCGCGCUUCAUAAGGCCGAGUUUAAAAUAUUCGAUAGUUAUCGUUUGUUCGAUGAUAUUUUCACCAAUUUAUGAAUAACUAAAAUGUAAAAGUUAAUUCCUGAACGUUACUAUAAGAGUCAAAUAAACAAUUUGUCACUUUUUAAAACUUCAGAACUGAUGAAGGCAAACUAUAAGCUGUUUGAUUAUUAUACGUUGAAGAUUGAGAGAGAUUGAUUAAUUAAAAAAAUUCUAUGGAAUUUAGGGACCACUUUUAGGAUUAUUUUUUUGUUCAUAGAUUUUACGGAGCAAUUUUUUUAUUCGAAAAUUGUAAAAGUUAUAAAGCUGUGAAUUUUAGUUUUAGUUAAUAGGGUAAGUAUUUUUAUUAAUAUUUUCCUGAUGAUGGAACUGAACAAUUCAACAAUAUUCAUCUUCCUGUCAGAUUAAAAUCAUUUUUGAAUAAACACCAUGUUGCAAAAAGAUAACUAUUGAUUACUUUGUUAAAAAUGAUUACAGGGUAUAUAAGAAUUAGUAUUUGAGGGUUAUAAGUUAUCUCGAUUAAGUCAUAGACACAAAACAUUAAAUUCAAGUAACUUAAAUAAAAGUCGUGUUCAAUUAACCCCUUUUCGAUCGGACACUCAAAAGCCUCUCCCGCGUCUGUUCGCGAUAAAUUCAAAAACUAGUGCACGGUUUUCCCCAAUAGGAUAUACGUAUAUAAUGUUUACGUCUAGUUAUUUUGAUACUUUUAUUAAAGCAAUUUUGUCUCAAUCACAGUGUACACACAGUAUGACAGAGAUAAUGGACUUUGUAUAAGAAUUAAAAAAACGAAGUUACGUUCAGAAACGUGUCUGUCACUAGCGAGAUUUUUUUUGUAUUGUAAAUAAACUUUCAACUUGAAUUCCUGUUAAAUUUGAUUUUCCGAUCGGAAAAGUGGUUUGUUUCUUAAAUAAAUUAUAUGUGAUUUAAAUUUGUUAUA